CAACUCUCUUAACGUGUAGGCCUUUCUUUUUCAUUUUUUCUAUCUUUUUCAGAGACCCUAGAAGUCCCCUAUAAAUUGCAACACCAUUCUUGUGUCCGUCCCUUCAUCUACUGUUUUGUAAGAUAUCUGAGUUAUUUCAUCACUUCAGGUUUUCAUUUCCUGGUUCUUGAUGGCGUCGAGUGCAGGUCCGAUGGAAUCGAAUUGGAUAGUGAACACUUCCCUUGAGCUUAACACAUCGUAUCCGAAGAAGGAAAUUGUUCCAAGAAAUGAUAACUCUCAAGGAGGACGACAAGAAGAGCCCAUUGUUAAGCAGGAGGCCGGGGUGCUGGUCGAGGAGUAUCACCGAAUUAGCCACGAGAAUAGGAAGUUGACUGAAAUGCUGAACCAUAUGCACGAGAAGUAUAAUGCGCUGCAUAACCAUUUGAUUGUCUUGGGGAAUAAGACCUCCGAAAGUGAACUCGGCAUGUCAAGAAAGAGGAAGCAUGAAGCUAAUGUCGCCGGAGAAAGCUGCGGUCACGACGAAAAUCAAAUCUUCAAGAAGCCGAAGGACAGCUUCAAACACAAGAUCUCUAAAAUCCACUUCCAAACUGAUCCGUCCGACAUGAGCCUUGUAGUGAGGGAUGGUUAUCAAUGGAGGAAAUAUGGUCAAAAGGUCACGAGAGACAACCCAUCUCCAAGAGCUUACUAUAGAUGUUCCUUUGCCCCAACUUGCGCUGUUAAAAAGAAGGUACAAAGAAGUGCUGAUGACCCAUCUGUCCUAGUGGCCACAUAUGAAGGAGAACACAACCACCUGAGCCCCUCACGGCCCUCGAUUCCACUGGGUUCCGACAAACAGGGACUGAAUCUGGGCACUCCUCCAAUUCCUCCAAUUACUCCUGAUUUGAUGCACCCGGGUUUCGACACUCCAUCUGCAAAAACAGGCGAAGAAACAGAAGCGGUGACCACAUCUCAACAGUUUCUGGUGCAGCAGAUGGUCUCUUCCUUGAAAAGAGAUCCCAACUUCACGGGAGCACUCGCGGCUGCAAUAUCAGGAAGAAUACUCGACCAAGCCCGGAUCGAGAAGUGGUGAAUGGACAGGGCAUUGAUUAGUUGGAGUUGUGUAUUUAACAUGAUUUACAUAUAGUUCGAGGACUGAAUGGGAUGGUCGGGUCAUGAAGACAGUUGGAUUUUUGAAUUGAGACACGAAAAUCUCAUCGUUUUGUGUAUUGGCCGAAGGAGCGAGUCGAUCUGCUCACGAGCUUAUAUUGAGUUUGGCAUAUAAGCUACUUGUACUCGACUAGAUUGUUUAGCGGUUUAGUCGAAUUUGAGUAGCUUGCAUAUUAAACUUGUCUGGUGAAUGACGAUGGAGUGAAACCCUGUUUAUACUAUAUCUAUUUCAGGCGACUU